AUGGCUGAGAAGACCAACCCCAUGCGGGAGCUCCGCAUCCAGAAGCUCGUCCUGAACAUCUCUGUCGGCGAGUCUGGUGACAGACUGACUCGUGCCGCCAAGGUGCUCGAGCAGCUGAGCGGUCAGACGCCUGUGUACAGCAAGGCCCGCUACACUGUCCGCACGUUCGGUAUCCGCCGUAACGAGAAGAUCUCUGUGCACGUCACCAUCCGCGGCCCCAAGGCCGAGGAGAUUCUGGAGCGUGGCCUCAAGGUCAAGGAGUACGAGCUCCGCAAGCGCAACUUCAGCGAGACGGGCAACUUCGGCUUCGGUAUCAGCGAGCACAUCGACCUGGGCAUCAAGUACGACCCCGGUAUCGGUAUCUACGGCAUGGACUUCUACUGCUGCAUGACCCGCCCGGGUGAGCGUGUCUCCCGCCGCCGCCGCGCCAAGGCCCGUGUCGGUGCCAGCCACCGCAUCAACCGCGACGAGACCGUCCGGUGGUUCAAGCAGCGCUUCGACGGCAUUGUCCGCUAA